AUGUGCUGGAGUUUCGAACUCAUACUAGACGAUCCUGAUGUUCAAAAGAAACUUCUCAAAAGCCUUCGCAGUUUCCAUACAGCUGCUGUCACUGAAUAUCGCCUCCCUACUCACAGCGAGAUCUGUGACGCAAGCAUCCCCUAUCUGGAUGCUGUUGUCGAGGAGUCGCUGCGUCUUGAGGACACUGUUGUCUUAGGCCACUGCAUUCCGGAAGGUAUCCAUAUUAUGAUGCGGCAUCCUGAGAACAUGGUUUCCGAGCGUGGGAUGAGGAGGGCAUGGACAUGUUCGAUCCUGAGCGGUGGUUUAUGCUUGAGAAUAAUGGCAGAGAGCAGUUGA